GGCUAUUUACUGAACACUUUUUUUCCUAUCGACGGUGCUGCGGUAUCGCGCGAACGGCUCAGGCGACUGGAGAUGUAUACAUUUUAAACUGUUGAUAGGUCAUACAUUUUAUUAUAAAUUUUUAUGAAAUGCUUAAGAUACUCCAUAUUGUUCGAUAAACACAAUCGGACACUAAAGGUUAGCUCGAUCGUAUUAGUCUCUGCUGGAAAGCAGACGAUUUUAUUUCAGGUCAAUCAACCUACGCGACAAAUUUGAAGCAUUCGUUUUCAAGAAUUCUGAUCAUGGAUUUUCUUAAAGCAUUGACACAUCCAGACGAAGUAUAUGCACUCAUUCGAUUCAAAUUUGGAGGCUGUGAGGCUGUUAUGCCCAAGAAUGAUCAGGUAUCUAUGAGUGCCACGUUGAAGAGGUGCUACAAUUACCUCACGGAAACCAGCCGGAGUUUUUCAGCAGUCAUUCAGGCACUAGAUGGAGAACUUCGGGAUGCCAUAUGCAUUUUUUAUCUGGUAUUGCGUGCCCUUGACACUGUGGAAGAUGAUAUGACAAUUGACAACAAAUUGAAGAUACCAAUGCUGAAGAAUUUCUACAAAAAUCUGCAGGACCCUCAGUGGCAUUUUACUGAAAGCAAGGAAAAGGAUCGCAUUGUCUUGGAAGACUUUCCAGCCAUCACAAGAGAAUUCCAUGAACUGGCUGGUGUUUACCAUGAAGUCAUUUCAGAUAUAUGCUGUAAAAUGGGACAUGGCAUGACUGUCUUUCUUGACAGAGAUAUUGACACAAUAGAAGAAUGGAAUGAGUAUUGCCACUAUGUAGCAGGUCUGGUGGGAAUUGGAUUGUCUCGCUUGUUUUCGGCAUCUGGACUAGAGGAUCCAUGUGUGGGAAAAGACACAGCGCUGGCCAACAACAUGGGAUUAUUUCUUCAGAAAACAAAUAUCAUUCGGGAUUAUUUGGAGGACAUCUUGCAAGGACGGAAAUUCUGGCCCAAAGCUGUGUGGAGUAAAUAUGUUGAGCAGCUGACAGACUUAGCUUUGGAAAAGAACAGAACCCAAGCUGUGCAUUGUCUGAAUGAACUGAUCACAAAUGCAUUGGAACUUGUACCAGAUUGCAUCACAUACAUGUCUCGCAUCCAUAACCAGUCUGUCUUUAACUUCUGUGCCAUACCACAGGUAAUGGCAAUAGCUACAUUAGAAAGAUGCUACAACAACCCAGCAGUCUUCACUGGUGUUGUGAAGAUCCGUAAGGGAGAGGCAGUUAAGAUGAUGAUGGGUUCCACCAGCCUAGAGAAAGUCAAAGCAAUUAUGUAUCAUUUUACUUCAGAGAUAUACAGAAGAAUACCUGAAAAUGAUCCAAAUGCUGAGCGGACAAGGCAGGUGUGCAUGAAGGCAUUGGCCAGCUCACAGACAACGCAGGAGUACACAACCUCAAGCAUUUAUCCUCCUCUCUAUGUCUCUUGUGCUAUGAUGCUGUGGGCCAUUGCCUACAAUUACUGGUCACAGAUUUCUGCAUUUUACAAUGAUUUCUUUGGAGAAGACUAAUUUUAUUUGCAAAAAACAAAAAGUGUUGCCUUUAUUUUGCUUUUUGUUUGAUUUUUUUUUAAAGACUAGUCCAUUUCCUUUUCUAGUUUUUGGUCUAUUAAUCCAAAUACAUUUUCAAUAUUCAUGAAUUGAUUUUACCUUUAAAAUUGUUGAUUCAUUUCCACCUAUUACAUUCCUUUUUGUGUGGUGGUUUGAGAUCAAAUUUGUCAAAAUAAUGUGCAAAUUCUUCUGGAUAAUGUUUAUUUUACUUGGAUUUGUGCAGUGACAUGCUGAUCUCUGUUCACAGAUUCUCUAGCUGCAAUUAAUGCAACCAGAGCAAACAUAGAAUAAUACCAAAAUGAUUAUAAAAUGAAAUGUAGCAUUGCAAAAGUGGAACGAAGAUUUAUUGAUGUGUGAACUUUAAAAAUACAAAGCCAAUGAAUAUUUAUUUACAAUAAACCCUGGUCAUUUUAUCUUUUCUGUCAUUUUUGUUGAUCUGAAUUUUGCACAUAACUUGUAUUUCUGCCUGUUUGGUAUGCAGUUUUAUGUAGUAUGUGAUAUUUCUUGGAACUGGGAGUCUGACUUGAUAUCAUAACACCAUUUUGCAAGAUGCAGAGGUAUAAACCAUCGUUUAUAUUUUCUGAGUUAAUGUUGGCUUUCACAGCUUAUUAUAAACUGCACCAAAAUGUAUUGCUUAUCAAGGAAAAAUAUCUGAAUAUUUGUAAUGUUAAGAAGUACCGCUUAUCUUCAUGAUUAUCUAAAGAAUAAGAUGAAAGCAUGUUCAUAAUUCAUAUCACUUAAGUUGCUCCUUGAUGUGAACAGAACAGUGCAAAUUAUGCUUUUUCAUUAUUGGUGCAAUUCUUAACUAUAUGUUUAAUUAACGCGUUAAAUUUUUUAUUGAGAGGAGACUGAGGACUUAGAUAAUGAGAAACAGCUUCAUUUCACUCAUCAAAACAUAAGGAAAAAUAAAGACUAGCUCAGCCUUAAUACGUAAACUUUUUCGCAGAAUUUCUGAAGAUGUCAAGUCUGGUUUUUAAAAGCUGACAAAAUAUCUUUUCAUAUACUGAUACUUAUUUUAUUAAAGCAAUUCUACAAACAUUUUUGAAAUAUAUGUCCUUGCUUAAGCAUUAUUUCUUUAAAGAGCAUUGUGUGUUGUUCAUCGGGCAUUGCAGUUGUCGCUACUGUGAUAACAAUUUUAUGUAGAAAAACUUUGCUGUCAUGUACUGAAAGUAUUUCUGGACAUACAGAUACUAGGGCCAGUCUAUUUAUUUUCCUGUUACGUACACAGGAGAUCUCAGUGUUUAAUUGCUUGUGACAUCUGAAUAUGCUCCAUAUCCAGAAUCUCCUUGGACCACAUAACAUGGAUACCUUUGACUAUUACUGCUAAUGGCUACCUCUAAAAUUGUCAUGUAAUGCUAAUUGUAUUUUAAAGUAUAUGUCUCGAUGUUGGCAGUGCUUGGUUAUGAUUGCUGCUCACUGAAUUCUUGCAUUUUUAGGGGUUUUUUUUUUUCUUUUCAAAUUGUGUCAUUAUUUAUCCUCCAUUUUACUUAUUGUAGGUUUGUUUAAAAAUGUACACAAAUAUGUGAGUGCAUGUAUGUUUAUAUGCAUGAGAAUUUAGCGGAAAUGUGGGAAAUAGUAAUCAUGUAUCCUAUGCCACAUAUAUAAUUCUCAAACAAAUUAUGUAUUUUAUAAUCAAAAUUGUUUUUCUUGUGGUCUUUAUUACCAUUUUUCAGGGGGACAAGAUAGGUAGCUUAGAAAAAAGAAAAUAAAAUACCAGCCACAGGCAAUUUUGCAUUUAGAAAUUUAUCACAGAUUAGCAUUUUGAAAAUUCUUUUGAUGAACACCUGUUUUAAGCUAUAUCUUAAGUGUAUUAUAGAUACAAGUAUACUAACAAAUACUAUGUGAAGGUCUAAACUAUACUGAGACUUCAUCCAGGAUGAGUAUUGAUGACUUACAAAGCCUGAUACUUGAAAAUUAUUUUUUUAUAUAUAUAUACACACUCAACUAGCCCUGAUUGCCUUUCUAAUAGGCAGCACAUGAAGUUCUGUGAACCAAGCACAGAUCGGAAAGGGUUAACCCAUCCUUUAUCAUUCUGAGAGAGUUGUUUUGAUUAGGACAUAUUAUGGAAGAACUUUGCUUUUUAUGGUCUGAAAAGCUGAGUGUUACAUUUCUGCUUAUCUAUUGUAAAUAUGUAAACACGCAUUUAAAAGUAUGUGUUCAAAUUUGAAAAGAAAUUAAAAAAAAAAA